GAUGGGUGUGCCUUCAGCCAAAUGGCACAUGUCUCUAAAAAUAAACUAGCUACAGAGACGGAUUGAAGGAUGGCUUCUAGUUUGCUGUUUGCCACGCUUUUGCUCCUGCCCUGCCUUGCCUCUUGUGCCUUUCCCUGGCCAGACAAUGUCACACAGCACAAGGGAUACAUUGAGGUGAAUAAGACUCAUGGAGCGAACUUGUUCUACUGGUUCUUCGAGAGUCGUCAGACCCCUGAGAAGGACCCCCUGGUGGUGUGGCUCACUGGGGGGCCGGGCUGCUCAAGCAUGCUGGCUCUCCUUGUUGAGAAUGGCCCCUUCCUUAUUCCCGAGGGCAAGACUGAACCAGAGAUCAACAAAUAUGGCUGGAACUCAUUUACCAACGUGAUGUUUAUUGACCAGCCUGUUGGCACUGGGUUCUCGUACGUCACUAGUCCCCUGGGUUACGUCACUAACGAGAAGACCAUCGGCACAGAGCUCUGGACUAUGAUACAGGAGUUUUACGCUUUGUACCCUAAGUAUGCCAACCUGGACCUCUACAUUGUGGGAGAGAGCUAUGCUGGGCACUAUGUCCCUGCCACUGCUCAGGUCAUCCUGGAGAGCAACUCUGUCUAUGUCAAGAAUCUGAAGGGAAUUGGCAUUGGGAACGGAUGGGUAGACCCGUACAUUCAGUACCAAGCAUAUGCACAGUUUGCUUCGCAAAAUAAGCUGAUCAACGAGUCGACAGUCAAGAUAGCCGGUGUCAUGUACGACGCCUGCAAGUUGCUUAUAGACACUGGUGUGUGGUUGGCUGCCUUCCCCGAAUGUCAGAUUAUUGAGACGUUUGUAUUGGAGGCUGCUGAAAUUCACUUGGGACGUAGUGUCAAUGUGUACGACAUACGCAAGAAGUGCGAAGAUCCUCCACUCUGCUACAACUUAUCCAGGGUGGGCACAUUUUUGAACCGUAAAGAUGUCCAAGCAGACCUGGGAGUGAAUCGCACGUGGGAGUCCUGUACAACAGGCAUACACUUACUGUGUAACUAUGUAUACGGAGUGUACACACUAGCUGUUGUUUGCAGUUGCUUGGUGAGUGACUGGAUCAAGGAUUUCAAGUCGGCUACUGGUUACAUCCUAGACCAGGGUCGGAGGGUGGUUGUGUACAGCGGGAAGGAGGACUACAUCUGUAACUAUCUGGGGGGAUCGGAGUGGACCAACGUGACUAAAUGGAAGAACCAGGAAGCGUUUGAGAAGGCAUCCCUUGUUCAGUUGAAGGAUGCAGAGGGAAAAGUGAUCGGGGAGGUCAAGAGUGGUGGAGGGCUUUCCUUCGUACAGGUGGAGGGAGCGGGACACAUGGUACCCAUGGACCAGCCUAUAGCAGCUCUGAACAUAUUGGACCACCUGGUCAACUCUCCUUUCCCUUAAACAAUCCUCCCCCCUCCCCGAACUAUGAACUAUGAACUAUGAACUAUGAACUGUUACUAUAUAUAACCUAUAUAUAACCUUUUAAGUUUUGUACAAUCAUGCCAAAUAAAUUAUUAUUUUGUAUAACGUA